AUGAGUCCAAUUCUUUUGUGCUCGUUGAGACCUCGUACAAAAGAAUCUUGCUCCAUGGAUGUUGAAUUCAAGGAGGACGAGGAUGUUGUUUUUGAAGUCAUCGGUCCUACAACAACCAAUGUGCAUCUCUCUGGUUUCUAUCUUGCCAGGAGUACUCAUGGAGAAAUUAGGAUUAAUGAUCAGAGUGAGUUUGAUGAAGCUGAAAUAAAUGGCAACAUACGAACUCUGGCCAGCGGUUUAAUCAUUGCGGAUUUAGAAAAGGGCCAACAUCCUAGCACCAUGAUAGCUAUUCCGGGAUCUAAGGUGUCAGUAUCCUGCAUUGGACAAUUGAAGUCCAAUGGCUAUAUAUUUGAAUCAAUAAUUUCGAACGCACCUUUUUAUUUCAGAUUAGGAGCUGGUGAAGUUAUCGCCGGAUGGGAAAUUGGGAUUAAUGGUAUGCGCGUUGGUGAUAAAAGAAGGAUCACGAUUCCACCAUUAUUGGCGUAUGGUUCUAAAGGACGUCAACAUGUACCACCCAAUUCAUGGGUUAUAUAUGAGAUUAAGAUGCUUAGUAUUAGUUACAGCGUACCCGUGUAA